CCAGCGUCACAGCACUACUGCGUCUACUUUCAUCGUCCUGUAACUCAAGCGGACCAACAGAUUACACACAGGUUUAUUCCGCCUUCAUGUCCACGCAUGGCGCCCACGGUCCGUGCGCAGGCGCGGGGUCCGGCCGCGUGGUGGCGCUCGUGACGUGCGCUCCUGCCUCCCGCUGACGCUGAUGGGCGCAGGCGGGUACGGCGUGGCUAUUUAACCGCGCGCUGGCGGCUUCAUUUCGCCGUGAAACUGGCACCGGAGCACGUGAAGUCUCCAGUAAUGCGAAGCCAACGCUGCCUCUCGGACCCCAGAAGACGCGCGCGCGACCCGACGGGACUUCCCCAACUCGCCGCCUCACCGUCGUUACUUUCCACUUGAUGACAGCUCCUUCGGGAUCGUGCCGGGCGCGUCCGUUCUUCCCCUCUCUGCCAAAGUUCGCCCGUGAUAAAAGCUGGAGAUGAACAACACGGGCUUCAACCACACGGAGGGCGGACUGCUCAACAAGACGGAGGAGUUCCUCUGCUGCAACCUCUCGUCCGUGGUGACUGAUAACGGCUUCGUGGCCGCGGCUCCGGAUGAGAGGAGCCUCUUUAUCAUGAGGGUGGUCCAGAUCGCCGUCAUGUGCGUGCUGUCCCUGACGGUGGUGUUCGGCAUCUUCUUCCUAGGCUGCAACCUUCUCAUAAAGUCAGAGGGGAUGAUCAACUUUUUGGUAACGGACCGGAGACCGUCAAAGGAAACGGAGGCAGUCAUUGUUGGAGCGUACUGACUGAUGGGGACCUACGCGACGGUGGCUCUGAUCUGAUGGAGACGGAGCGAGGAUCAGCCGCUGGCUUCAAACCCUCAGACGGACAGUUGACCUGCGCGCGACUGAGGCUCAGCGGGUUCACUGUACUUUUUUUUUUUUUUGCUCGCUCGUUCGUCUCUAAGAGGUACAGUGCGUUUAAGCCUCAGUGGCUACAAAGUAUUCGACCAAGAACUGUACGUGGACGAUGCGCCAGGCAGCGCGCGAUCGCGACGGCUCCGAGUGUCUGGGUGCAGAAAAGCCCCACGUGCCGUGUCUCAUGUUAAUUGGAAUAAAUUCGUCCUGUAAUUAAA